AUCAAAGGUGGUGGAUGUGUGAUGAUUUUUUAUGGCUUAAUUGUUUGUGAAUUGGAUAUCUGAUCUUUGUAUGAUUAGAGGGGAUGUUUGCUUAAUAGAAUAAUAUAUUUUAAUUCAUGUUUAUUUUUAACAUGAACUUUAGUAACUCAAAACCUUCGAGACACAUAUCACCCACUGCAUUGUAUCAUUUUCCCUGGGUGCUUGCUGUGUUGUCAAACUUCUUUGCUGUUGCUGCUGCUUUUAUACUAACAGGGGAGUUAAGAACCCAUGAAUGUUUCCGUUUGACACAAACAGGAGGAAUUGCUUCUAAAUCGUGCACUAAAGAUGAUUGGAGGAAACAUUUCUGUUGCAGUUGAUAUACUGGAGACCAGAACAAAAGCAAUUUAUCACAUCAAAACCAACCAUAUGAACUAUUAGCAUUGUUGCUUUACUCUUUUUUCGUGGUUGAGUCUCCUUCAAAAAUUUUAGUUUGAUUUUAGAAAAUUUUGCUUCUGCAGUCCUGUCUUGCCACCAACGCGUUCAGUAGAUGGAGAUGGCAGAGGCGAAGGCUAUUUUUGUGUUGUUGUUGCUGGUUUAGGGAUCGGUUUGUGAAGAAGAGGGAGAAGAGAGGGGGAAAGGGAAAUGCAGGAGAGGGGGGUAACUCUUUUCUCCGACAAAAAUGGAGUGAAGAAAGGAAUUAUGAUCAGUAAGAAUAUGGUUAUCUUACAUAACGGUCUCUAUUCUGUUUGAAAUGAGCUUGGGAGGCAGUGUUAAAGACGAGCUGCAACCAAUUCAUAGUGAGAAGAGAGCUAUGAACUGUGAUCAUGUCUUAUUUCAAGUUAGAAGGUAGUUUCAGUAUAAGGAUUAUUUAAUUUGACAAGUUGUUUCGUCCAUGAUUCUUGGUAGUUUCAGUGCCAUUCUAGCCAUUGUUUAGUCUGUAAUUUUUGAGAAUUGAUGUGCGAGUAAUGACUUUCACUUAGCUUCAAUUAUUAUGUGUGUAUUUAUUGGCAUGUGAUAGAAAUCUCUUUUCCUUUUCUUUGAAUUCAGUUUCAUACUCUAAUUGUAUCAUUUGUACAUAGGCAAAUCAUGCUCGAGAUGACUACUCGCUAAUAUGGCUGGUGCAAGGAACGAAAGCCAUCAUUAGAAUUCAGACCGACAACGGGGAGGAAUGCCCAGGACUAAUUUAAUGAUGAUUGAUGAUGGUAUAAUAAAAACUGCAGUCUGCAUCAGCACCAAUUUCUAGGCCUAGGUAAAGUUAUUCAACCCAGAACUCUGCUUAGCGCUAAAAAUUUCCCUCGCCCAACCUUGAUCCUGUUUGACCCACUUCUGAAGAGUCAAGAUAUAUGACUAAUCCUCUCCGUUCGUAUUUUCUUAUUGACUCUUUCUGACCCUUUAGGUUAGGACGGGUCGGGAAGAAUCAGAUUAGUGGGUUGGUCCUAAUAAAGUGGAAUCCCAAUCCCUUCAUUCUCACUUGCUUUCUCUCCCAUUCCACAAGUGGGUAACAUACAGUAGUCUUGCAUGCGGAAGACUUGCAGCUGGCAAACCCAGCUUUAGGUACCAAAGUUUAUCCUUUUACUUCGUUCUUCCAUUCCCAUUUUGGUUUUAAGCUUUACCAAAUAAUUGGAGCUUUGUUGGGGUUUUUCGAACCUAUUACAGAAACCAAAGAUGACUCAUGUAUGCUACAUUGUUCGUUAUCUUGAUCGAUGCUCUUUACUGGUGAAUGAGUCUUCUUUCUUUGUCGGUGCAUCAUACUUUAAUAUUUUAUAACUGUUUUGUGAAGUAGAAAUUGUAGUGGUAUAACUACGACAAGAUGGUAAGUGGUAACUGAGAAAAAAAUACCAGCUGUGAUUUGAUCGGGCCGUGGAACGAUGUGGAAGAUUACUGUGAUUUGGUUGUUCUCAAGUUAUUCUUGCCAAUGGGUUACUGAAAGUAGUUGGUCAAAGGUCGUGACUUUAUUUAUUUAUGGAGUUUCUGAAGGUUUUGUGAGGCAAAUAUACCUUCCUUUCUUAAUGUAGAUAUAUAGUAGGCAAUUAUGCGUUCCUUUCUUAAUUAAUGUACAUAUAUAGUAGGCAAUUAUACGUAGUUGUUGGAUGACCCAUAUAUUGCUAGAACUUUCGGAUGGUUGAGUUGCAAACUCUUUUGGGCCAUCCGGACGAGGGAUUAUGAUAAUUAGGAAUUUAUAUGUAGUAUGUGUGGCAAAUAGUUUGAGCCCCCUCCAAUUUACUAAUGACUGUUCCAAACCCAAAAUUGCACAAUAGCUCAAUUGUUGGGCGUGAAUUAAACAAUUUUGUAUCAGGAUUACAGCUUUGGAAAUGUUAAUAUAGUCAACUGAUUCUCCUGAGUUUUGUGUUAGAGCUUAUGAACUUACAGGUGAUGCGGAUUCAAUGGUCUUCCGCAGUAUGUUGGUAGGAUAUAUGCAGUAUGUUGCAGUGUGAAAGUACUUUUGUUUUAUAUAUGUUGGUAGGAUAUAUUAUGCUUCCUUUGUUUUAAAAAUUGAUGUGCUCUUUUCUGUAUACACCAGCAGACUUGCCAUUUUCCCAACCCAUAUGUUCAUGUCCAAAUUAUCUAUUUGCGACAUGUAGGCUGUAAAGCAAGAACCGGGAAGUGUUGACAACUAAGUUUCAGAUGCAUUAUUUGUUUUAUAAAGGGUCAAACUGCAGCUUCGGAAAUGUUAAUAGAGGUUAACUGAUUCUCCUGGGUUUUGUGUUAGAGCUUAUGAACUUACAGUUGCGGUGCGGAUUCAAUGGUCUUCUGGAUCUCGAUUUAAGAUGCCCCUCUAGAAAAAGGAUUCGUCUAGCAUUUGUCAGUUGUCAUCCUAUUAAAUAUUAAUAUUUGUUUUUUUUUUAAUCUUGGGAAGCACAUAGUAUCAGGAUUGCAGUUGAUGUCGGGCAAGUAAAUUCAUGAAGAAAUAUGAAUUGAUGGACCGGGUUGUGUAAAGUGUCAAUAUUAUUUGCCAAAAAAAAUAUGGUACUUCCUUACUUUAUAUAAUUUAUAUGUAUUUUCAUCAACAUUAUAGUGCUUUUAAAUGUAUGAAAUACUUCUAAAUCUUUCGUGAUGUAACUGUGGGUAUCGAUACUAAUAUUUUUUAAAUGCAAAAUGACUGACCAUUACUUAAUUAUUACCAAAAUCUAUUCAUAAUGAUUACUACACAACAGACCAACGGGCCGAGCAAAGACGCAUUCAAGACGCAAGCUGAUGUGUAGAUAUUCGCAACAGUUCUGCGACCAAUUCUUUUGGGCUAUCUCCGGUCAAGGGGCCGGGUAAUAAGCUAGUUGUAUUAUGAGAUGUCAUGUAUAACGAAAAUCAGUGGCUAAAUGCCAAACCGCCCAAUGUUUUAUGUGCAAGGAAAACCGAAGAACCCGGAGCUUGGGCUGAAAUAAAAGCCCAGAACAGUUAUCGGCUGGACAUGAACAGGUUAAACUUGAAGCCCAAAUUCAAUACAUUUGGGUUUUUUCAUAUUUCCUAGCCCAAUGAUGAUAAACGUGGAAAUUUACGCAGGGCCUUAGCCCUUAGGCAAGCUGUAACUCGCAACUGCAAACUGUUCUGUUGUAUUGCUCAGCGCCAAAAACCCUAGAUAAUCGAUCGUUCUUCCGCUCUCCUUCUUCCGUCUGCCCCUCUCUGCUUCCAUCGAGAUCGGAAAAAUGGCGACGGGCGAGCAGACAGUACUCCAAUUCGCACCGACGGCGUCUUCGACUACCUUGUCGGCGAAGGUGCACCCGCUGGUCGUUUUCAACAUAUGUGACUGCUACGUGAGGCGGCCGGACCAAUCUGAGCGGGUUAUUGGCACAUUGCUGGGAUCCGUCUUGCCUGACGGAACUGUUGAUAUCCGCAACUCUUAUGCCGUUCCUCACAAUGAAUCUUCCGAUCAGGUUGCAUUGGAUAUUGAUUACCAUCAUAACAUGUUGUUGUCUCAUCAAAAGGUUAAUCCGAAGGAAGUUAUUGUUGGCUGGUAUUCAACCGGUUUGGGAGUCAGUGGUGGGAGUGCACUUAUCCAUGACUUCUAUGCUAGAGAAGUUUCCAACCCUGUUCAUCUAACAGUUGACACUGGGUUCAGAAUGGGAGCGCCUGCUAUUAAAGCUUAUGUGUCUGUUAAUUUGUCCCUUGGAGACAUUCAGCUUGCGGCACAAUUUCAAGAAAUCCCACUUGAUCUUCGCAUGAUUGAAGCAGAGCGGAUUGGAUUUGACAUCCUGAAAACAACAAUGGUCGACAAGCUACCAAGUGAUUUGGAGGGGAUGGAAGCCUCAAUGCAGCGGCUACUUGCACUGAUUGAUGAUGUCUAUAAAUAUGUUGAUGAUGUGGUGCAAGGCGAGACUGCUCCCGAUAACAGUGUAGGAAGAUUUAUAUCUGAAGUCGUUGCCUCACUUCCCAAACUGUCUCCCGCUGUAUUGGAUAAGUUAGUCAAUGACAACAUGCAGGACCAUCUGCUCUUGCUAUAUUUGUCGAGUAUAACAAGAACACAACUCAGUAUAGCCGAGAAAUUGAACACAGCUGCCCAGAUUAUCUGAAGAGCUCUCAGGGUUUCUAAGUUCUGGAUUUUUUUGACGCAUAAUGACAGCAUCGCCAGAGUUGAGUAUCCAAAUAUGAGGAACCAAUAUCGAUUUUGGAUAGUGUUUUUUUUGUCCUUUUUAAGUUGAUCUCAAUGAUCCUGGUUUAGUCCUAAUCACAUCUAUGUACUCUGUAGCCUGAUGGUAAGAAGCUUGGUUCGUUGCAUUGGUUUCGAGA